AUGGCAGCUCUGCGGCCCUUCCUACCCUCCCUGCGCCAAUGUGGCCGUUCGCUGUCUACCUCUACAAAGCCCAGUCCCCGACACUUCCUGUCCAUAUCCGAGCUCACACCGACCGAGUUAAGCACCCUCGUGAAUAACGCAACGACCUACAAAUCUACCGCCCUUCAAUCGACAUGGCCCAAGCGCACCGCACUCUCCAACCGGACCAUCGCAAUGCUCUUCUCCAAACGCUCGACCCGCACCCGAAUCUCAACAGAGGGAGCCGUGGUGGCGAUGGGCGGGCAUCCCAUGUUCCUUGGCAAGGAGGAUAUACAACUCGGUGUGAACGAGUCGCUCUACGAUAGUGCGGUGGUGAUAUCGAGCAUGGUUGCAGGGAUUGUGGCGCGAGUCGGUCCGCACGCAGACAUUGCAAAUCUCGCAAAGGACAGCUCGGUGCCAGUGAUCAAUGCGCUAUGUGAUACAUAUCAUCCCAUGCAAAUCAUCGCCGAUUUUGCGACUCUGACACAGACUUUUUCCACGCCGGCGGAGAAAUUAAAAGGGUUGAAGAUCGCGUGGGUAGGAGACGCCAACAAUGUAUUAUAUGACAUGUGCAUCGGGGCCAGGAAACUGGGAAUCGAAAUGGCGGUGGCCUCACCCCAGGGCUACAAGAUUCCCUCAAACAUCAAAGAAGAAAUUGAGGCUGCGGGACCCGGGACGCUUUUUGAAACAACUUCCCCAGAAGAAGCAGUCAAGAACGCAAACAUCAUAGUCACCGAUACGUGGAUCUCCAUGGGCCAAGAGUCUGAGAAGCAGAAACGUCUGACGGCAUUCGAGGGCUAUCAAGUGACGGAAGAGAUGGCCCGCAGAGGAGGGGCAGCGGAGGAUUGGAAGUUCAUGCACUGUCUCCCGCGGCAUCCGGAGGAAGUUAGCGACGAGGUCAUCUAUGGGCCCAGAUCGUUGGUUUUCCCGGAGGCGCAAAACCGACUCUGGUCGGCGAUUGCCACGUUGGAGGCGUUUGUGGUGAACAAGGGAGAAGUCAAGACGGCGGAGCAGUAA